AUGGCUGAUUCCUGGAGCGGCGUCUGUCGCCAAUGUGUCGCCGUCGUCGUCGACGUUCCCACUUCAGUUCUCCUGGUCACUGUUCUCGCUACUGUGCUGGGACUGAUUGUCCUGUUUUACAUUUUCUUAUCCUUCGUCGCACCUAUACCCCGCGAGCCUCUACCGGAAGAAAAAGAGUACACGACGCUCUCAAAAGAUGGAACCAUUGCAGAACCCCAGGCACUCCCUUGCUGGUUUGAUGCCCUGAGUACCGCGAAACGCGCCGGCAAAACCGCCGAUAUUGAACCAGCCGAGCUGUUCAUGUCCGUGGUCGUCCCAGCCUACAACGAAGAAGACCGGCUUGCAGGCAUGCUGGAAGAAGCUGUCAACUACCUUGAGCACAUGUACGGAACACUAGGAAAUGAGAGUGAAGGCGCAAUUGAGACUCAAUCAAUACGGAAACGCAAGCCCAACGGAAACGUGACAAGCGGUCACGCCACGGAGUCGGCAAUGGCCCGAGGGUGGGAAAUCAUCAUUGUAUCCGACGGGUCUACGGAUCGGACGGAAGAGGUGGCUUUUCGCUUUGCGAAAGAACAUCAGCUAUCUUUGCACCCGAAGGGUCACGCCGGGCCGUGGACUCCUAAAACGUCCGAGGGCGUGCAUAUCCCGUCGGGCACUAUCCGUUUCGUGACUCUGACUCACAAUCGCGGCAAAGGUGGUGCGGUCACGCAUGGCUUGCGCCAUGUUCGGGGUCAGUAUGUCGUGUUUGCGGAUGCCGAUGGGGCGAGCAAGUUUACCGAUCUUGGCAAACUUGUUACCGCGUGUCAAGAAAUCGAGGAUGUCGAUGGGCGUGGGGUGGCUGUUGGAUCUCGGGCGCACAUGGUUGGCAGUGAGGCUGUGGUCAAGCGGUCCAAACUACGCAAUUUCUUGAUGCACUCGUUCCACCUGAUCUUGAGGCUGAUGACGCCGCCCAGAACUGCCACGGUCAAGGACACGCAGUGCGGUUUCAAGCUGUUCUCCCGCGCAACACUGCCUUAUAUUGUCCCAUACAUGCAUUCCGAGGGCUGGAUCUUUGAUGUCGAGAUGCUCAUGCUGGCUGAAUUUGCCAGAAUUCCCGUGGCCGAGGUGCCAGUGGGGUGGAGGGAGGUCUUGGGAAGUAAACUGAAUGUCCUUCGUGAUAGCAUCGGCAUGGCAUGGGGACUGGCCGUUCUGCGGGCGGCUUGGUCGCUGGGAAUCUAUAGACAGCGGUGA